CCAACCAAAGAUGAGGCAGAGAUUGAAGCAAGAUCGGCUGGAGGCGAUUUGAUUGCCAUCGUAGGCAUGGCGAUGCGACUGCCCGGCAAGGUGCGCAAUGCGGAGGACUUCUGGAGGUUGAUGGCGGAUAAGAGAAGUGGUCUUUGUGAGGUGCCGCCAGAUCGAUACAACAGUGAUGCCUUUGAUGAUCCGGACGGGAAGCCCGGAACACUGCGUGCGAAACAGGGCUAUUUCCUUCAGCAGGUCGACAUUCGACAUUUCGAUAAUACCGUCUUCACCACCUCCAAGAAAGAGCUUGGGCGUCUGGACCCGGCGCAACGGCAACUCCUCCAAGUCGUGUACGAAUGCUUUGAGAACGCUGGAUCUACCUCGUGGCGUGGCAGCAAGGUCGGCUGCUAUGUGGGAGUAUUUGGCGAGGACUGGCUUGACCUCAACGCAAAGGAGACCCACCAUGUGGGGGGAUAUCGGUUCACAGGUUAUGGCGACUUUGUGCUCAGCAAUCGCGUCUCCUAUGAAUUCGAUCUGCAUGGGCCAAGCACACCGAAUGAUGGCAUGACGGUGAAAACGGGAUGCUCGUCCUCGCUGGUCUGCUUGGAUCUCGCCUGCAAAGCAAUCCAAGCUGGCGACUGCGAGAGUGCUCAAGUGUGCGGGACAAGCCUAAUAUUCUCUCCGACGAUGACUUUGGCAUUGAGUGACCAGGACCUCCUAUCUCCAACCGGGACAUGCAAAACCUUUGAUGCAGCAGCCGACGGCUAUGCUCGGGGGGAAGCCUUGAAUGCCAUCUAUAUCAAGAAGGCUAGUCAGGCCAUACAGGAUGAGGCGUUGAUACGUGAGACAUACCAGGCCUGCCAAAUCCACGAUAUCUCGCAAACGGCCCUCGUCGAAUGCCACGGCACUGGUACUCCGGUUGGGGAUCCACGUGAAGCCGCCGCGGUAGCCAAUUGUUUUGGUGAAAAGGGGGUGAAGCCCAAUGUCGGCCACUCGGAGGGGGCAGCGGGCUUGACGAGUCUCAUCAAGGCCGUUCUUGCCCUCCAAUAUCGUCAAGUGCCCCCCAACAUCAAUUUCAACCACCCGAAUCCAGACAUUCCAUUUGAACAGGGCAGAUUGCACGUACCAACUGAACUCGAGCCGUGGCCCGCGGAUCGUGCUGAAAGGAUCAGUAUAAAUUCAUUUGGAAUCGGAGGCGUCAAUGCUCACAGCCAAACGAGUCUCUUACUGUUCUCUGCCCAGAGUCGCGAUGCUGUUGAACGAUCUAUCAACAAUCACCAGAAUUAUAUCAAAGGCAGUAGGGCAUCAAGCCAAGAUGUUGCUUACACCCUGGCCAACCGUCGCAUGCAUCACUCGUAUCGGGCGUACGGCGUGCUAAAUCUAGCAUCACCACCUUCACUUUCCAGCGUGAUUCGCAUCGGGCCCGUGCCGAACGUUGCUUGGGUGUUCACUGGACAGGGAGCUCAGUGGCCUGAAAUGGGGGCGAGCCUCAUCGAUUCCAAUGCAAUCUUCCGCCACACGAUCAGGCAGUUGGAUAGCUUUCUCGCCUCUCUGCCCUCGGCACCAUCGUGGAACAUCGAAGAGGAGUUGCGAAAGCCCGAGCACGUCAGUCGCAUCUACCAAGCGGAGAUGGGCCACCCAUUGACGAUCGCGGUUCAAAAUGGGCUGGUUGAUGUAUUGCACUCCUGGAAUGUCGUCCCCAUGGUAGUGCUGGGCCACUCCUCCGGUGAAAUGGCCACUGCUUACGCCUGUGGUGCGAUCACCGCCGAAGGCGCCAUGGCGGCAGCGACUUUUCGAGGCAUUAGCAACGAGAGAUCCCCUCGCAAGGGUUCGAUGGCAGCGAUCGGGUUAGGCAGAGGAGAGAUGUGUCUUCUGUUGGAAUCUGGGGUGGUCAUUGCCUGUGAAAAUAGCCAGUCAAGCGUUACUAUCUCAGGCGAUGCGCUUCAGGUCGAGAAAGUGGUCGGUCGAGUCCAAGCGGAGCGGCCAGACGUUCUAGCGCGUAUGUUGCGCGUCCAGAAAGCAUUCCAUUCCCAUCAUAUGCAUGAGCUUGGACCGGAGUAUGAACGGCACAUUCAGCAGCUCGUUCAUAGUAGCGAACCCAAGAUACCCUUCUAUUCCGCCGUCAAGGGGGACAAACUGACUGGAGCCGGCUGUCUGGGCUCGGCGUACUGGCGUCGGAACAUGGAAAGCCCUGUUUUGUUCAAUUCUUCCCUUGGAUCACUUCUACGAGACUACAGUGAUCCCCUUUUAUUUAUAGAGAUUGGACCACAUCCUGCACUGAAGGGCCCGAUGGGCCAUGUAGUCCGCGAGCUUGGUCGGGCAGACGUCCAUCUCAGUACGUUGAUCAGACGGCAAAGCUGUGAGCCCUGUCUUCUCGACCUCGCCGGAAGGCUUUUCCAAAAGAACGUUCCUCUGGACUACCACCAGAUCUGUCCUCCCGGAACGCUGGCGACAGACCUUCCCCAGUACUGCUGGCAGCCCGAUUCCUUGCAUUGGGAUGAGCCACGUGUCGCCCGCGAAUGGCGAUUCCGUCAACACCCUCCGCAUGAGCUCUUGGGUGCUCGGGUAGCCGAGACGGGAAAUGAGCCUUGUUGGAGAAACAUUCUGGCCAUUGAGAAUGUUCCAUGGCUGGCGGGUCAUGAAAUGGAAGGGCAGACGGUGUUUCCUGCUGCUGGGUUUAUAGCAAUGAUCGGGGAAGCCUUGCGACAGUUGGAAGGGGACCAGACUUUCAGCCUCCGCAAUCUCACCCUCGCCUCUGCAGCUGUCUUACAUUUAGACCACGCUACCGAGUUUAUCACCAUUCUCAGCGCCCUGGAUCUCGAUCCCUCCGAGAAGACGACAUGGUGUCGGUUUGCUAUCAGUACCUUCGAUGGAACCACGUGGACCAGGAACUGCUAUGGAGAGGCCAGACGCGGCGUCAACGCAUCGGUCUCCCUGGCAGUCUCGGAGUCACCUCCUUGCUUUCCUCGGAAGCUCAAUGCAGGUGCCUGGUAUGAAGUUCUCCGCCGUGUGGGAUUUGGGUAUGGCGGGAUGUUCCAAGGUCUGCAGGAUAUCUCGGCCGCUACAUCAGAGAACCGAGCGGCCGCCGUCAUUCCAGCUGAGCAGGGAGGAACCACAGACACCUAUGCCUUGCAUCCCGCUCGAAUUGACCAGUGCUCCCAGCUUGCCAUCGUUGCAGCCCACCGCGGUAUAUCCCGCAGGUAUCGUCAUGUUGGCGUUCCCACUUUCAUUGAAGAGGUAGUUAUUUCGCCAACGACGGAUAGCCUCAACAUCACAGCCGAGGUCCGAGCCGAGAAGAGAGGCUCCUACGUUGCAGAUAUUGUAGCACAGAGAGCCGGUCAGACUUCUCUGAGUCUGAAGGUCCUCAAAGUUUCAGCCUUGAGCAAACGAGACGAGUCCACAACGCGAAGUCGAGCUACUCGGAGGGAUGAUUUACCGAGUCACCUACAGAAGCUUGUCGCUUGGAUCGAGACGCAGCUUGAAUUGUACCAGACUGGCUUGAAUCAACUAGUUUCCCAGGACCUUCGACUCUGCGACUUGAGCGGUGACCGUGUACAAGAUAGGAUUGACGAUAUCAUUCUCCAACUAAAUGGUUCACCUUACGCUGUGUUAAGCACCGCUGUGGAUCGGAUGUGCAAAGCAUCCGCAGCAAUGUUUGCUGGUGCACAACAUGCGUUGCAUCUUUCAUCAGAGGAUAACCUACUCCAGAGGUUCUAUAACCUUGCGGAUGCUUGGCACUACAAUGGAAUAAUUCAACUCAUCGCGCUACGCUCAUCUUUUGGAGAACGCCUUUACAGCACUUACACUUGUACCGACAUCUCCCCUGGCUUUUUCACGGCGGCUAAGGAGCGAUUUGCCGAGUACCAGGGAAUCGAAUACGUCGUGUUGGACAUAAGUCAGGACCCGGUGCAGCAAGGCUUGGAGCCUGGAAGCUACGAUUUGAUUAUCGCCAGCAAUGUCGUGCAUGCUACGCCGAGUUUGCAAAGGUCUUUACACAAUGUCCGCAUGCUUCUUAAGCCGGAAGGCCGACUGCUACUGCAGGAAUUGUGCCCUGAGACAAAUCUCAUAGGCUACGUCAUGGGUUUUCUACCGGGAUGGUGGAUUAGUCAAGAUGAUGAUCGCCUUGAGCAGCCGUAUGUAUCGCCGGCCAGAUGGUCCAGAGAGCUCGUGGAGGCAGGAUAUCAAACACCAUACGCUUCUAUGCUGGACAAUAUCCCUCCGUAUCAUCUCAGCGCUUGUAUGAUUGCGUCGGUCGCCAAUGCCCGUGCCGAGCCUCAUCAAAUAAGAGAUAGCCUUCAAUGCCGAGGCGUCCGCGUCGAACAUCUGGAUGUCAUCUCGUUGGUUGACCUGGAGGACCCAGCAAUCCAUGUCAUGUCAGAAGGGACGUUUAGAUCCACGAUGUCGAUGUUACAGACACUGAAGAGUAACUUGAUCUGGGUAACGCGGUCAUCACAGCUAUAUACUGUCGAAAUUGAUCACAAGCAUGCCUCACGAACCACAGCUGACUGCAUCACAAAAAUAUUCUGCCAUGUAGCCAUGACGAACACCAUAGACGCGGUUAGCGCCGACUGGGAAUAUGCCAUCGUUGAGAACGAGAUUGUUAUUCCAAGGCUGCAUUGGCAGACAAUUGCACAAUCGUUCGAACAGUAUAGCUCUCCGGAACGAUCGUUAACCAAACACCUUUCCAUUCGGACUCCUGGUCUCCUGCGAACUAUGAAAUGGGUCGAUGGCCGGGCUGCGCAAUUGAAGGGAUGCGAUGUUCUCGUUCAGUCCAAGGCUGUCGGCCUGAACUUCCGCGUGGAUGUGCUCAUUGCGUCCGGGGCUCUUGACAAAUGCACCAGCUUGCUUGGUUUGGAAGGAGCUGGAAUUGUACAUGCUAUCGGGCCCGACGUACGGCAUGUGUCGGUCGGGGACCACGUUAUAAACAUGGGGACUGGAUGCUUUACCACCUAUUUGACGCUGGACGAAUCCUGCUGUGUAAAGGUAAAGAGAUCUAUGUCAUUCGAGCAAGCCGCUGCUUUGCCCUGCGUCUAUGCAACCUCGGCCAUGGCAUUGGUUGAAAAGGCAAAUCUGCAACGGGGACAGUCGGUCCUCAUUCACUCUGCGUGUGGGGGAGUUGGCCUAGCUGCUAUCCAGGUUGCCCAGAUGAUAGGCGCCGAGAUCUACUGUACAGUGGGAGGGGAGAGUAAGGUCAAGUAUUUGGUUCGAAACUGUGACAUCCCACGCUCGCACAGCUUCCAUUGGCGUAAUCCAUCGUUUGUCCGAGACGUGAUGGAGGCUACCAACGGCCGAGGCGUGGAUGUGGUUCUCAAUUCGUUGGCCGGUGACCUUCUCUGCGCCUCGUGGACAUGUGUCGCCGAGUUCGGUGUCAUGGUCGAGAUCGGCAUCCGUGACUUCCGUCGCAAGGCCAAGCUGUCGAUGGAGCUUUUCGAAGCGAAUCGAACCUUUGCUGGACUUGAACUGAAGGAAAUAUCGCGUGUCCGGCCCUGGAUGGUGACCGAAGUUCUCAAACGCUGUGUCGACUGGAUCGAGGCUGGAGUGAUAACGCCCGAUACGAUCUCGAACAUCGUUCCGGCAGCGCAUAUCUACGAGGCUUUCCGCUUCAUGCAGUCCGGUACCCACAUUGGCAAGAUUGUGAUAACAAUGCCAGACGAUCCCAUGGCUUUGGUGACUAUGAGAGUCAAACCAAUUCCGGUCUUCCAACAAGAGCGGAGUUAUCUGCUGGUUGGCGGGCUUGGUGGCCUGGGACGAGCUGUGGCUUCGUGGAUGGUUGAACACGGUGCACGCAACCUGAUCUUUCUAUCACGGACUGCAUCACAUACAGCUGACAAUGAUUCACUUAUGCAGGACCUGGAGUCUCAAGGAUGCCAGGUCCAAUUGGUGGCUGGUAGCGUCUGCGAGCUCGUGGAUGUCAAGAAGUGUGUUACGGAGGCAGUCGCCCCGAUUGCUGGCGUCGUAAACAUGUCUAUGGUGUUGAGGGACGUUUCCCUGACGAAAAUGACAUAUUCUGACUGGGUAAAUGUUGUGGAGCCCAAGGUGAAAGGCACCUGGAACCUAUAUAAUGCUCUCCCGUCUGAUAUGGACUUCUUUAUUCUUAUUUCAUUAUGCAGUGGCAUCUGUGGGCAGUGGGGCCAGGCAAACUAUGCUGCUGCCAACACCUUUCUGGAUGCAUUCGUGCAGUAUUGUUAUUAUUAUGGUCUCCCAGCCUCCGUUAUUGACCUUGGUGUGAUGGGCGACGUCGGUUUUGUGUCUCGCAACCCGAACGUACUGAGGCAAUUCCAGAAUACUGGAGCCUUUGUACUUAAUGAAGAUAUGUUCCUGGAGGCGAUGACAUCGGCUGUGCAGCGAUCUCACCCAGUUGCAAUUAGCCUCCCUAUGAGGAUAUAUAGUAAUCCAAGCCAGAUCGUCCUAGGCCUCAACACAGCUGUGCCUGCCUCCUCUUGGGCCAACCGGGUCGUAUGGAAGAACGAUGUUCGCUUCAGCAUCUAUUAUAAUCUUAACCGGGAUGGUGAAACAACUACAACUGCGUUAUUCAAGCCAAACAGUCUAAGAGAAUUCCUCGCUUCAGCCGCCACACAGCCAAUUCUCCUUAAAGAUGAGACAGCGGUGAUGAAGAUUACUGAUGCCAUUGCAGUGGCUUUGGCUGAUUUUCUUAUGAGAGGCAAAGACGGCAUUGCCCUAAUAGACUUAUUCUCGAGCCUUGGAAUUGACUCUUUGGUUGUUAUGGAGAUGCGUAACUGGAUUCGGCAGCAUUUUGGCGUGGAUAGAAGUGUGCUGACGAUCCUUCGCUGCUCAUUAUUAUUGAAGCUCGGCGAGAAUAUUCGUGACGAGCUGGUUGCUCGUGUGAGUGGAUGA